CCCGCUUUCAACACCACAAACCACCAUGUCCCGGCACGCUCAAGUCGAGGAGGUGUACGACUCCGACCCGGAGGAAGUCGCUCCCUCCGAGCCCACCCCCGCCAACCUCGCAAAUGAAUCCAUCCUAUCGGCGGCCGGAAUCCCCAUGGCGGGCUCACAACCCAUGAGACAGGCCCCCGAACCCCAGCGCGAAAUCCCCAAACAUUACCAGUGCCUGUACCCGAUAUACUUCGACAAGUCGCGAACCCGCGCGGAGGGCCGUAAGGUCGGAAGUGAGCUGGCCGUCGAGAAUCCGUUGGCUCGGGACAUUGUCGAUGCGGUUCAGAUGCUGGGGCUGAAUGUGGGCUUUGAGCCGGAGAAGCUGCACCCUAAGGAUUGGGCGAACCCCGGACGUGUGCGCGUGCUGUUGAAGGACGAGGAUGGGAACAUUGUUAACUCGAGGAUCAAGAACAAGCACCACCUCUACAUCCUCGUGGCUCAGUACCUCCAAGCCCACCCCACCACGGAAGAAUCCCCCUACCGCCUGAGAAUCCGCGGACUCCCGAUGCCCGAGAAACUGCCCGCCGCGCCUUCUGCCCCUCGUGGCUGGAAGAUCGGAAAGAUCCUCCCGAUACACUCGCCCGCGUACAGUGGCGGCGGAGUCAGCGACAACCCACUCAAGGACGCCAUGGCAGAAAUGCAGAACAUGCAGGGUAUGCCUGGCAUGCCCCAGAUACCCGGAAUGCCCGACCUGGCUGGGAUGAUGGGUGGUAUGGGCAUGGGCGGUAUGGGCGGCGAUUCGUCCGCGGGCGGCAACGAAAAGAAGAAGAAGGACAAGAAGAAGGGGAAGGCUUAGGCCGGGGUCGCUGGUCACCUACAUAGCUGUUCAUGUGGUACAUAUGCUUCGGGUUGCAUUGGCACGGGCGAAAGGCGUUAUGUUGCUUGCUUCAUACAUAGAGGGCACCUCUGCUGUUCUCUUGAUACCAUGUUGAAUGAAAUGAUUAUUGAGGAGGGGAUUGAUUCUAAG